UCUCUCUCUCAUCCGUCAUGCAUGAGUUUGGAUUUUAGGGGAAUCUGCAGCAUCUGGAGCGGAAAUCAGCGCAGAGUGCGCACGUGUGCAGCAGCGGACAGGAAACUUCCGCACAAACUGUUGAAAGCAAAUUAAACCGACCAGGUUCAUUUAACCGAGUAACUGAGGUUGGAGGCGCGUGUUUUAUCGCUGAAUCGAUCAGGAAACGGAGUGAACUGAAGAUCUCUGCUGAAAUAAUCACUGGCACACACCAACAAACAAAACAGAAAACUGCGACGAUUUAAGAUGACUGGAGCAAAAGACAGAAUGAGAGAAAAAAAGAUGAAGAAUCAGCCAAGAAACGUCAUUUACACGAGCUCAGGUCGCGGUACCGGGAGAGGUCAGGGGUCACAGGCAUGCGGCUGGGUCAGAGGUCAUCAGCAUGGGGGUCACAGUUACAGUCAAGAUCUGCCCAAAUACAUCACAGCCUCGUCCUUCGCUAAAGCGCGCGCCGCUGAAGUGAACGCUAUGCUGAAGGCCGUCAGUAAACCUGCAGGCAGCUGCCACAUCUUCACCGCUCUGCCGAAGCACAUGCGCAGACGAGCCCUGAGCCACAGCACCAAGAGACUGCCGAGCCGUCUGCGCGAGGGAGCUCAGAGACUGGCCGAGCGAAGUCAGCGUGCACCAGAGAAAGAGAAGAAGCAGGAGCCCAGAAGCAGGAGUCGUCGAGCGCGCCGCAGACACGGGAACCUGCUGCUGGAGUUCAAUCGCAGACAGAGGAAGAACAAAUGGCUGGAGACGCAUAUCUGGCACGCCAAGCGCUUCCACAUGCUGAAGACGUGGAGCUACUGUCUGCCGCUCAAACCCACGGCGAAGAGCUUCAGAGCCAGCUACAGAGCCAUGAACACACACGCCCUGCUGCAGGUGACGCUCGCAUACAUGUGCUUCAUGUUUGUCAUUUUCUCAGAGAAGAGCGUUACAUACUUACACCUCCUGUACAAAGCAGAUCAGUUUCCUGAAGGCUCUCUGGGUCCUGCUGACUUCCUGUGGAGGCCCCGGGUCCCUGACGCCUCAGACAGACAGCUGUGGAUCUGGAUCCAUCCGGCCCUUAAACAGGACGUGCUGUCGGAGCUGCAGCUGGUGUGUCAGUGUUUCGAGGCCGUGUCCGUCUCGGAGGAGUCUCGUCCCGCUGUGGAGCUGCCUGCAGGGAGGAAGAGGAAGAGAGACGAAGCUGACGCUGAGCAACCCUCCAAAAGGCUGUUGGGUGAUGGGACGCGGCCUGCAGGAGCCCCUGUGCGCUGGCAGUCCCCUGACACAGCCAUCACCAUCAGUGACCUGACCAUGGAGAUCGUGCGCUAUCGUCUGAUUGGUCCGCUGGCUCACGUGGUGCUCACAGACACACUCCAGCCAGCCAGUGAGGAGCCGAGAAGUCGCAGUACAGACGAGGCCGGUGUGAGCGUCCAUCAGCAGCAGACAGACAUAUUCCACCUGCUGAGAGGAGUGUGUUCGACAGCAGAGCUCCCAGCAGGCUGUGUGUUGGGACUGACUGUAGAUGAUCCCAGACUCACUUUACCUCAGAAACGUGGUAAAUCUGUACCUGACCUACAGCAGAGCGCAGAGGACAGUGGUGUGAGAGAUCUGACUCUCAAAGGAGUUGCGGCUCACUGCAGUCAGAGUGCAUUGUGGGACGCGUCUGCUCGAGACUGUGUGACGCACAACCGACUGUCUGAGCAGGAGCUGAACAGGAGGAGGACUGAGCUGCUGGUUCCGGGUUCGAGGCUGUCGGCUGCUCCUCAGGCUGCUGUUCCUCUGCUGCUGGUUCAUCAGGGCGGUCGUGUUCGGGGCGAGGAGCGUCUGCAUUGGGGCUCUGGCUGGGAUCUGCUGCUGCCCAAGGGCUGGGGAAUGGCAUUCUGGGUCCCUCUGGUGUAUCGUGGUGUUCGUGUCGGAGGCCUCCACAUGAGUGUCAAACACUCCCAGUUUAUGGGUCAGCCUCACUUCCCUCACGAUUACCCAGACUGCCCUGCAGGAGUGCGCUUCCAAUCAGAGCAGGAGGCGGAGCUUCUACAAAAGUUCAAAAGACGUCCUCCGUCCAAACGCACCAACUACAUCAAACAUGGCUGCUUGGCGCCGUUCCGUUGCCCCUGGCAACAGCUGACGGAGGAGUGGGAGGAGCUAGUGAAUCUGAGCGCAGAGACGACAGGCGGCUGCAGAACCGGACCCUUCACUGUUCUGAGGAGUCUGAAGGCGUUGCGGCGGCUGUCGGCGUGGAGUCGUCCCUCGUCUCGCAGGAGCUCCUCAGCGCUGACCCAUGCGACGGCCGCGGCGCUGCAGCAGGAGUGUGGGCCGAGUCUGGUGUGGGUGCGUCUGCGUCUGUUGGGUAAAGGCCAGCCGGCACUGCAUGCCAUGGUGUGCGUCCCGACGACCUCUGACCUCCAGCUGCUGCUUAAAGAUGCACACAGCAGCGGCCCGGAGGAGCCUCGACACAAAGACCACCUCAAACGCCUGCGUCAGAACACAACCGGUCCUGAAGAUCCGGCCCGUGCCGUGAGGGGUGUGUGUCCGGCGCCGCUGCCCAGUGUUCUGCCCCACUGCAGCCGGCUGACUCUGGGCUGGGUGACGCAGGGAGACUUCUCUCUGGCUGCAGGCUGUGGCGAGGCGCUGGCCUUCAUCAGUGUGUCUGGACUCCUGCACACCAUCCUUCAGCAGCCGCAGGAGCAGCGCGGCCUCAUUCUGCUGCGAAACCCCUCGUCACUGCAGUACCGCUUCGCUCGCAUCAGCAUCGACGUGUGAAGCAGAGCCGCACUGUGGUGUGUUCACGGACCGAUGCAUGUCGCACCGCCAGGACUCCGUACACAGGAGAGCAUGUGCUGAAACUUUUUGUUUUUUGAGAGCGAGAAACUCUUUACAUCAUGUUAAAUUUGUGUUGUUUUUUAUUUUACUGGAAUUUGAGAACGAUUAAUAAUCAGUGCAGAUUAAAGCACUUUACCUU